UUUCAACGUCAAAGCUCAUCGUUUUCCGGCGGUCUUAUCGGUCAUCGUUUCCUUGCUUACAAAAUGAUGGGGGAAUUAUCCAACCGUGCACCGGACAUAAUUUUAGGAGAAGAUGUCUGCAAAUUAUGACAACUGGGAGAGGCUGGUUGCAGCUGUAUUAAAGAAAGUUCAGCUCUGGCAACUUUUUCACGAGCAAUCCAGGAGCCCAAGCAUCCGCUCUGAAGCAUCGGAUUCCAGUUCCAGUUCUAGCUUUGAUUUGAGUUAUCAAGAUCUAGCCUUUGAUUUUACGAGCCUCGGAAUUUUAUCGAAGCUACAGAAAGAGCCACCAAAGCUGAUCUUGGUUUCGGAUUUUGGUGCAGAGUUUGAUGUCGAAGAUGUGUACUUGGCUCAUGCAGAGUUACUCGGCAGGGGCACUUUCGGGAGUGCUUAUACUGCUGAGAUGGAAAAUGGGUUAAAAAUUGUGGUGAAGAGGCUGGAUUCUGCGAAUCUUUCGGAACUGGAGUUCAAGGGUAGAGUGGAGAUUGUUGGAAAUGUGCGGCAUCAGAAUGUGGUUGCGUUAAGGGCAUACUAUACUUCGAAAGAUGAAAGGGCGAUGCUCUAUGAUUAUUACAGCGAUGGAAGCGUGUUUGCACUUUUACAUGGACAAACUGGCGAAAAUCGGGCUUCUGUAGACUGGGACACGAGGCUAAAAAUUGCAAUUGGUGCAGCGAGGGGUAUCGCUGAAAUACAUACACAUAAUGGUGGGAAUCUUGUCCAUGGAAACGUAAAGGCAUCUAAUAUAUUCCUCAAUCCACUAAACUAUGGGUGUGUGUCUGAUCUUGGUUUGACGAACAUGAUAACAGCAACAUCCAUGCCGAAAGCACUGUGCUACGCUCCAGAAAUCAAGAAAACUCAAAAUGUUUCGCAAGCAUCAGAUGUCUAUAGCUUUGGGAUUCUGCUUCUUGAACUCAUCACUAGAAAGUCCCCUGUAAAUAUUGUAAAUGGUCCCAAGGCUGUUGACCUGGUCAAGUUGGUUAAUUCUGUUAAAAGGAAUGAGAAAUUUGCUAAGGUAUUCGAUGUGGAUAUAUUGAAGAACUCUACCGUAAAGGAAAACAUGGUGAAGAUGGCGCAAAUAGGAAUGAGUUGCGCAGCAAAAUCUCUAAAGAAAAGGCCGAGAAUGUUUGAAGUAGUGAAGAUGUUAGAGGAUCUUCAGAUGAUGAAUACAGAAAGUAGCAAUCUGAACACGAAAAGUGGCGAUAUUCAAAUGACAAAUAAAAAAGAGCUGGUGUUUGUUGAGAAUGGUAAUCAUCCAUUCGAGCUCGACGAUUUGUUGAGGGCUUCUGCCGAGGUUCUCGGGAAAGGGACAUUCGGCACUUCUUACAAGGCAAUGUUGUCGGAAACUGAUGUCUUGGUCAAGAGAUUGAAGGGUGUGACUGUUACACUUUAUGAAUUUCACCACCAAUCCCAGAUCAUUGGAAAAAUGAGGCACGGAAAUGUUGAUAGAUUAAGGGCGUACCACUUUUCGCAAGAUGAAAAGCUCAUGGUGUAUGAUUAUCAAGAUCGGGGCAGCGUAUCUGCAUUCUUACACGACAAGACAGCCCCUGAUUGGAGACCUUUGGAUUGGGAGGCUCGUCUAAAAAUUGCAGUGGGUGCAGCAAAGGGUAUUGCCCACAUCCACAGACAAGAUGGUGGGAAAUUUGUGCAUGGAAAUAUAAAAUCGUCAAACAUAUUCCUAAACAGACAAAAAUACGGGCUUGUAGCGAAUGCUGGAUUGGCAAAACUGGUGGAGCCUAUCAGAAGGUCAGUUGUGCGAAAUUUAGGACAAUUUGCCCCAGAAGUGAAUGACACGAGCAACGUGUCACAAGCUUGCGAUGUGUAUAGUUUUGGGGUUUUGCUGCUUGAACUUGCCACGGGAAGGCCAGCUCAGCACACGAAUGAAGAAGGUGAUGUCGUCUCACUGGUUAGGUGGGUUCAAUUGGUUGUUCGUGAAGAAUGGAGUGACGAAGUGUUUGAUGUGGAGAUUCUGAGGUAUAAAGAUGUGGACGAGGCAAUGGUACAGUUGCUGCAGAUAGCGAUGGAAUGCGUUGCUUUUUCACCGGAAGGAAGGCCUAGAAUGUUUGAAGUAAUGAAGAUGUUGGAAGAAAUUAGUACUGGGAUGAAUAAAGGAGAGAAGCCAUCCAUUCAAUCAAGAUUGGAAGAUGUAAUGGAAGAUUUAUUGCCUAGGAUACAUCAUGGUUUUUAGCAAAUAUGGGAACUUGUCUGAAAGAGUUUUGACUCUCUCUCCCCCUCCCCCUCUCUCUCUCACACACACACGCACGCGCGCGCGCACGCACUCUUUUCGUCUUUUUCUGUCUUGUUUGGACAUUCAAUAAUCCAAAUGUUAGCCGAAUGGGAAGGUCUGUAUUUCUUUAUUUCUGAACUCAAUGUCACAAUGUCUCAAUUUGUAUUUGCUUCAUUGGUUUGAAAUGUAUAAUCUCUACAAUUUUUUUAC